AUGACGACGGUGGUCCCCAGUCCCGUGCCAGACGCAGACCCUGCCGCAAAAUGGCGUUUCCCGCCGUUCCCGCCGCCACCGCCCGGCGUCAGUAUCGUGCCAUUCGCGGAUUUCGUCGAGUGCGGUAUUCAGGUGUUUGGGGAGUGGGUGGACGGUGCGCCGCGCGACGGGCGCGGGAUCGUCACGGUAGUACUUCCCGCUCGCACGAAAGACACCACCGCUGUUGAGGGAGGAGUUGCGGUCAGCAAGAAGAAGAAAAAGAAAAAGAAGACGCAGGCGGUCGUCGCUGCUGCGGGCGACUGGUGGACGGUGUGGGCGGGGUAUGCCGCACACGAGCGGUUCCGCGUGCCAUACGACAGCGCGAUCGAUCCGAUUAGCCGGCUGCAUAUGGCGUACGACGAUUUCGAGCAGUACUAUGGUAUUCCGCAAUUGACCGCCAGCUCACACAAGUACGUCUGGGACAUCGUCAAUGCGCUCAAGUACUUCGUUGGCGCCGACAAAGGCCUGUCGAACAUGAAGCUGGGGCAUGGCUCGGAGGGCGGCGAUGGCGCGAUGGAUGACGAUGACGACGGUUUUGGCGACGACGGGGACUUUGACCUUGGUGCUCCGGUUGGGACGACUGCGGAGGAGAGCCAACUUGAGAUCAGCGCAGAAACCAGGUCGGAGCAGGGAGAUGGCGAGCCCGCACCGCGUUUCCGCAAGGCCCAGGCAUUCCUCGACGACCCCGCAUAUGCAACGCAGGUCUUCCUGUCGUCGCACCUGAUCGACAAGGGCCUUUGUUGGGAGCAGCGCAAGCUCAUCGCCGCGCCGCACGUAAUGCGCUUCUUCCUUACUUUCCUCCACCGCACGGGCGUGAUCGCCAAAUCGGACUUCGACAACGCUAUGCUCAUUGUUCAGACCGCGAGCGUUGACCUCCCGGGCACGCUUGCGGUUUCUAACGCAUAUGAAAUCAAGUUCGAAAUGGACGAACGGCCAGCGAAACGGGCCAAAAUCGACGGUGAAACGGAGAAUAUCGAGCUCGAAAAUGGCACGACGUUGGUUGGGCAGACUGUGGACAGCGAUGAGCUCAUGGGUGGCGACAGCGGUGGCGAACAAAAUAACGAGGACGCGAACGGGUGGGGCGGCAGUGGUGGGUGGGGUGACCCUGAGACGACAGAGAAUACCGCUGGCUGGGGCGAACCUGCAAGUACUACCGCCGAAGAGCCCAAGCCGAUCCCGACUCUGGCUUCGAUCCUGGGCAACGACACGCGUGCUGCCGCCGUCAAGGAGCGGUACACCCCGGGCCUCGUCGAGCGGGCCAUGCGGCGCAUCGCCAGCGUCGGCACGGACGGGCCGCUUGCGAAGGUCGUGCUCGCGCCGUGGCCCGACUGGAAGCCGAGCGUUCCGGGAGAGCAGGACAACGGCCCGACCGUCCUGCGGCCGUCUGGCCCACAUGACAGCUACACGGACGACAUUACCCUGCGCGUGCUGCCCGCGUGUGCGGCCGUCCUCGCGCAGCAUGUCGGGCUCGGGGUGUGGGGGACGUGGGUGCGUGUGGACGCGGCUGGGCCGGCGGGGGAUGACGACGUUGAUGUGGAGGGGUGGUAUGUCCAGGACGUGACCCUGGUGAUCCCGAGCUAUUGGGCGGCGGCGACGGGGGGCGUGUGGGAUGUUUAA